AUGUCUCCCAAGAAUAAAUUGAACUUGUUAAAUAACAUCAGUUCUGAAGAAUUCUUGAAGGCAGAAAAGAUUGUAUUUAUAUUGAUUCAAAAAGAGAGCUUUCCUGAAGGUAUAAAAUCUCAAGAGCUAAGUGGUGUACACAAAUUCGUGGAUGAAGAUGGCGUCAUAAGAAUGAAAACCAGAUUAUCAGAUCGGGAGGAAGGUUUUGAAUACCAGUACCCUGCCAUUCUACCUAGCAAACACCCUGCUGUUGAGAAAAUUAUCAGGCAGAACCAUUUACAGAAUAAACAUGCAGGAGUACAAGCAUUGAUUGUCAUCCUUCGGGACAGAGUGUGGAUCCUGAAAGGCAGAAGGGCUGUUGGAAAGGUAGUUCACAACUGUGUUCGAUGCAAGCGACACAUAGCAAAAACCUUAGAGAUGCCAUCACCUCCCUUACCCACAGACCGCACUCAGAUUUCUUCAUGUUUACAAGUAUGUGGGAUUGACUUGGCUCGUCCAUUGAUCACUAGAGAUAUUUUAGAAGUGUUGGGUGGUAAUAUUUACAUGUGCCGUGUAUCGUGCAGUCCACUUCGAAGUCAUACAAUCCCUCGACACAGAAGCCUCCAUAAGAGCCUUACGACGGUUUAUAGCUAG